CACCCAGAUGGUCUGCAGCCAGUGAGGUCCCCCCAGGUGGUCAUGCUGAAUGGGGAGACGAGCAACUCUGCAGCCAGGAAUGUGGUCCGCAGCUCCAGCAUCAGUGGAGAAAUGUACAACAUAGAGAAGAGUAAUGGUGGCCAUCCAGAUUCAGCCAGUCUCUCCUCCACUAAGAAGCGGCGAUCCAGCCUGGGGGCCAAGAUGGUGGCUAUUGUAGGGCUGUCACAGUGGAGCAGGAGUACUAUGCAGCUCAAUCAUCCUGAUGGCAGUUUAAAGAAACUUCGAAGUAACAUUCGUCGCAGCACAGAAACUGGGAUUGCUGUGGAGAUGAGAAACAGGGUUACCCGUCAAGGCAGUCGGGAAUCAACUGAUGGAAGUACUAACAGCAACAGCUCCGAGGGCACAUUCAUUUUCCCCACAACCAAGCUGGGAGUUGAAAGCCAGUUCAGCGACUUCCUAGAUGGUCUUGGACCAGCACAAAUUGUAGGGCGACAAACAUUGGCUACUCCACCAAUGGGUGAUGUCCACAUUGCGAUGAUUGACCGGAAUGGACAGCUAGAAGUGGAAGUGAUAGAAGCUCGAGACCUCACACCCAAAGUAGCAGCUAAAUCUUUUCCUUCUACAUAUGUUAAAGUGUAUCUGCUGGAAAAUGGGGCUUGCUUGGCCAAGAAGAAAUCAAAGACUGUCAAGAAGAACUAUGACCCGCUCUACCAGCAGGCCCUUCUGUUUGACGAGGGCCCUCAGGGUAAAAUGCUACAGGUGAUCGUCUGGGGAGAUUAUGGUCGCAUGGACCACAAGUGCUUCAUGGGGAUGGCUCAGAUUGUCCUAGAUGAGCUGGACCUGUCCAGUGUAGUGACAGGUUGGUAUAAGCUCUUUCCCACUUCCUCAUUGGCAGACUCCACCAUUGGACCCCUUACUCGUCGCCUUUCUCAGUCUUCACUAGAGAGUUCAAUAAGCCCUUCUUGUCCCUAAAGAAGACAACACAACAACAGAGAAUGCCUUGUUCUACCACGGCUUCCGGUAGCAUGGUUUGUAAAUAUUCCAUGUUUUUUCCUCCCAUCACCCUUUCUUCUUCUUCUCUUCCUCCUCCUCCAAGAAGAGAAAACUGUUCCAGUGACUUUAAACAUGUCUGACCCUCCCUCUCUGGGUGGACAAAAUAGGAGAGAUCCAGAAGGUGAUGGGGGAGGAAUUGAAAGGGAAAGAAAAGAAACACGUAUUAAGGGGGGAAAACAACAACCCGAUAAAAAACUGCCAGUUUCAAGACUGUUAAAUCACCCCAAAGAAAAUCACCUGUGAAAAGGAGUAAACUGUUUCUCAUGUUUGAAACAUCUUUGACAGCAUCUCAAGCGUUAAACUCACUUCAAAAGAGCAUGUUAGGUUUUCUUUCUUUCUCAGUCCUGUUUUCUUUUGGCAUCUCUGGAGAAGAAGCUUUGGCUGGUUCUCCUAGUGUUUCUUUAAAAAAAAAAAAAAAAAGAAGGGGAAAAAAUGGAAUGCAGCACUGCUAACAUUUUUUUAAAGGAAUGUAGCAUUUUCAGACAUUAUGUAGCUUGCCAUGUGCUUACGGAUUCCUCUGCAAUAUUUAUACAGUACGGCCAUCUUCCCACCUGGCAGGAGCUGUCAGCAUUUCACUUCCUGCUUAAAUCCCGGGUUUGGAAUCCUGGAGAAAGCAAUUUUGUUUGCGUUGCAUAUCUGGAGAAGGAUAGGAGGAUCUGCCAAAGGUGCGGAAGAAGAAAGAUCUCCAAAGGGUGCAUUUGACUGUUAAGUUCAAAGAAUACUAAGACUCAUGUUUUGCUUUGUCAUGCUUAGAGGAAUUUAAUUGUGUCUCCUCCUUCAGACAUCCUUGCUUUAGAUACUGGAUCUUUGAUGCUACUUUAGCAAGGCAUAUGCAAAGAAUAUGCCUCUUACUAAAAUGGGCCCUUUGUUCAGUUUUGUCCUCACUGUGUCUGCAGCCCAAAAGACAAGAUAUCAAACCAACCAAUUUUCAAACAGAAGAUGAAACGUAACAAGAAGAUAUGUACUGGGCCAACGCAGAAGUCCUUCAAAAGUUCAUAGGAUUUCUCAAAAGGAUGAGUAUGGAGUCUCUCCAUUUAUUAACUGUUUUCAGUUUAACCCAAUCUGGAUGCAAUCCUAAACCAACUAAUUUGUUAAACAAAAUAAUCGAACAUUUGAUGGAAUUUGCUUCUGUGUAAACCUGCAUAGGCUGGAUUGUUAGUUGUGUGAAUAUGUGUUCUAUGUAGCAAUCUGGUCUCUUGGUAAUGGCCAGUUCUCGUAGCAAAAUUGAGAAUUACAGAAGCUUCUCAUGAAGGUGCCUACUAAAAUUUGUUGCAAAUACUCAGGGGAGAUACUACUGAAAAUCACCAUUUAUUUAUUGUUUCUGUUAUUUUUUUAAAAUUUCCCAUGGACUGUAGGAACAGUAAAAGCUGACGGAUUGAGUAUCGAAGAGGCAGCAGCCUGAAAGUUACUGGUUAGUUUCUGAAUAUUAGACAGCCUUGGAAGUGGCUCUUAAAUUGAAAUGCUACAGUUGGCAAAGGACUCACUUUAGCUAUCCACAUUUGAUUUUAACUGAAGGCCAAGGAACUGUUUUACUUCUUAGGUUUAUUAUAUAAAUAAAAUAAACAUGGAUUCUUCUGUAACUCCAGCUAGGAUGAAACACAAGGGAAGUUCUCAAGAAGAAAAUGAAGGGGAAAUAAAAGUAAUAGCAAUUAUUUUUUCCCUUACAAGGAUGACAAGUUUCCAGAAUAUGUGUUGAUGGGAUGCUGUCACACCCUUCAAAAAAGCAUAUGUAAAUAUAUUAGUAACCUAUUUCAGCAACAUGAACGUGCAGCGAUUUUUGGAUAUGGAAUUUCUGUAGCCAUCAAUUUGCCCCUACAAUUUCACCAGACCAAACCCAUCUACUGGUUUCAAAGAAGGGAGUUGAUGAUGUUACCUUGGCCUUGUUCUUCUUCAACGCCAUGUUGUUCUGUUGCUCUCUACAUGUAUGGACUGUUGUGACAUUUUCCAGAAUAAGCAAUAUAUUGGUUUUGAGUUCACACCUGAGACACGCUGUCUUGUUCAUUUUAGAAAGUCUUUUCUUGGCAAAAAGACAAAAAAAUGUGUCAUCUGGCAUUCCCCUCUAAACCAAGAAAUGUUGCCUGGUUUCACUGCAUCCUGAAUCUGAGUUUGAAUAAAUGCAAUUCACAAAGGAUUUUUUUUUAAAAUGCAAAAGCGGGACUAACUCAAAGUUUGCCUCUAAUGAUAAAAUGUACUCAAUCACUCGGUCGUCUUGUUUUGCAGAAGCCUUGUGAUAGUUUGUCUCAUUGAAUCAGCACAAGUUUCCCUCUAAAAUACAAUUUUUAGUGAGUAGCAGGAUUGUGCCUCCCUCAAAUUAUGACUCUGAGAUUUGAGGAGCCAUGGUGACAGUUCUUCUAAAGGAUACCACUUAGCACAACAAUUAUUUAAAAUAUAAGCAAGGGAGGCAGAAAAGAUUUUGUGCAACCAAUGACAGGCUUCUCUUGAAG